ACCAUCAUGCCGUACGACCAACAGCCCGGAGCUCUUGCAGUACCGGUUUAAAGUUCCCGCAGUCGAGUUCCCACAAGAAUAAUCCAUCGUUUUUCCCCCAGUGUUGCUAGAAAACCAGCCGCUGAAAUCUCCCCUCCCCCGUCCCCAAAUCCCAGGACGAGCCGAAUAAAUCCCGCAUAAUCAAAAAAAGUUUGAAAGAGUUGAAAAAUUGAAAAAAAUAGACAGUGCGCGAGGGGGGAGGAGCGACCUCGAGGGACGGCUAGUUUGAAGGACGUCGGCUCCUUCAGGGAAUCAAAACAAAUAAAAAACAUUUUGUUGAGAAAAAACUCUUCCGUGGGGUCGAAUUGAAGUGCCUUAAACCGUCCCGGGGAAAGGAAAGGAUUAAUUCCGUCUCACUUUAUUUCUUCACGAUUGGGUGACUCUGUCUGUUGAUCAGUUUUAAAAGCGAAAAAUAUGGCGUGUGAACAGUGGUGUUUCUUAGCCCGUGGGUGUAUCGUUGGAUUCACAUUGUGCCUUGUUGUUGGAUCAAGCCUCGGAGACUCAGGUGAUUUAUACAAGUACACUACCAUCGGCGAGAACCAGAGUAUCAUUAAGCACGUGGUCCUGCUGGAUGAUGUACACCAUGAUUCCAGGCAAAAACGAUACGUUGAACCAACUCCUGCAGCCAAUUCAACGACAACUUCGCCAGUACCACCGGGUUCUAUUCAUGAUCCACCACUGAUAAAAGUAGGAACCGGUUCAACAGCCAAUGUAACAUACUCGACAGACAACGCCUCUAAUUCAACAACUGCACCAACAACUACAACUAUUGCACCGGCCGUGAAACCCGAGGCCGGAAAAAGUGGACAGAAUAUUACGGCUACAUCGACACCUCCGAGUGCUACCAAAGUACCGAUAAUCUGGGCAAAUCAAACAAAAUGGGCGAAUGCGACGAAGGACAAACCCCUCACGAGAGACGACAACAAAACAACAAAAGUGAACCUGACCCAGAGCGAGCCCUCCUCAAACUCAUCCGACAUAGACAGUAUAAUGAUUGACAAAUUCAACGAUGUAACUAACAAGACCCUCACCCAGAACAACAUAACAAAAACCGAGGAGGACAACUACCAGUACUACAACAGUACAUUUUACGUGGAUGAGAGCAUCGGAAGGAGCUUCUGGGUGGAUCUCGACAAUCACCCAGACAAACAGAUCAACAGUCUCCUGAGCGACAGUCAUCGUAGAGCAGCCACUGUUAAACUAACGUUUGACUUUCCGUUCUACGGACACAAAGUUCGUAAUAUAACAAUUGCAACUGGUGGAUUUCUGUAUACUGGGGAAUUUGUACACAGUUGGCUCGCUGCCACACAGUACAUUGCCCCGCUGAUGGCGAAUUUCGAUACACGACUGUCAGACGAUAGUCAUGUGAAGUAUGCCGACAAUGGUACAGCUUUCACAGUCGAAUGGUCAAAAGUGAUUCUUCAAGAUAAGCAAGAGGCCGGUCCAUUCACGUUCCAAGUGACCCUCCACAAAAAUGGAAACAUCGUAUUCGUUUACGCAGUGAUGCCGCUUUUGGUUGAAGAAAUUGAGGAUAAAGCCCAUCCCGUCAAAGUGGGACUCAGUGACGCCUACAUCAUGGACAAAACUCACUACUAUGUCCGAAGAAAAACAAUCUACGAGUACCACCGUGUGAACUUGAGCCGCCAGGACAUAAAAAAUUGGACAGUUAUCUGCCUCAAAGCGUUACCCACAUGCUUGGAGAUGGACAACUGCUUGGAUUGCUUGACGAAGGUCCCGGAAUUUGCGUGCAAGUGGUGUCCAAAUUUGAAUCAAUGCAGCACGGGUACCUUCAGGAAUAGGCAAGACUGGGUGGAGAAGGACUGCGAUAAGAAGAAUAUCGGGGAUGCGGCCAGUUGUCCCGCCAAGAAGACAACUGAUCAUGAGCCUGCCAGGGGUAGCCCCGAGGGAGAAUUGUCAGCGAGUGUCGAGCCUAAUCGACUCUCCAAAGACUUCUCUGCUUUGGAGCAAACUCAUGAACACAUGAAUAUGAAUCACAUGGGAGUCUCCGGAAUAAUUGGAAUUCUCUUGGUAGUCUCACUUAUCGCUGGACUGGCAGGCUGGGCCGCCUACGCUUAUCGCAAUCCUCACAGCGCAUCUGGUCAAAUGUUAAUCAGAUACCGUCCAAGUCAGUGGAACUGGCGACGAGGUGAAGCUCGUUACACAGCUGCAACAAUCCACAUGUGAUGAGAUAAUAGCCGAUAACAGUCAAUUCUGAAACUGUCGGACCAAAUUCUUUCCCCUUUCACCUUUUUUUAAUGAAGAAAAAAAAAUUAUAUCAAGAGGCUUCAGUGUGAAGCUGAUAAGAGUCUUUAUUACUUCUAAGUUGCCUGCUGCAAUGACGCAUCACGCCUGGAUCGGGGCCUUUUAACCUGAAAAUUGGGAGAGCAAUAAACAACAAAUUAUCUUUCUUUAUCGAUGGACCAAUUAUGUGAUAUCGUGCGACAAUGCAAUUCUGUAAAAUAAUGUUCUCUCCAUUUCAACGAAAUUUAAUUUCAAAUAGAAAUCCUUCGAGAGAAUUAUCAAUUGUAUACUUCAAAAAUUAUGAAUGUGUUAUCUAGAUGAAUUCAGCAGUGCAAUUGUAAAUGGUAACAAAUCAAAUUUGUCAUUUUUCUCAAUUGUGCGUUUAUCUGAGGAACAAGUGGUUUCAGGGGAAAUUGUCAGGACGUUUUUUUAGAUCAAGUUUUCCAAAAAGAAAUGUCUUUUCGUAUUGUUUUCUGAAAUCACUCGUUAUCGAGAUGAUUCAAUGUUUAAGAAUAUGGGAAAAAUUGAUUUGUUCCGUUACAUUCAUGACUGAAACUAAAAUUGUAAAAAUUCAAGUGCCUUCACAGUCAAUUACCUGACAAAAAGAUAACAGUUGCAGUUGGAGGACAAGUGAUGUAGCAAUCAUAACCGGGCGAUUGAGUGAUUAUGUGAUUCUUAGCAGGAUAUGGUGAACUUCGUUAUUGUUUAAGAAUAUGUGUUUCCUUUUUUUAAUAUCUAAUUAAACGAAUUCAUCGCUGUAAUUGUUUUAGGUAUGUAAUUUUCUCUGUCUACGGCAAACAUUGUAAUGAUUCUAGGAAGAAUACAGUGAAUUAUUUUUGAUUGAGAAAUUUCAGUUGCAAGAGAAACAGAGUCAAAAGAGAGCAAAAUCAUGGAAUGUUAUCUAGUUUUGUGAAAGUAAAAUUUUUCAGCGAGCUAUCAAAUUUCUCAAUCAUGGAAAAAUGGAGAUAUAUAAACAUAUCUAUUAUAUUUAUGAGUAUAUAUAUUUUAUGGUGAAUUUGUAAGCGAGGCAAGCACUCUUAAAGGGACACUCGGGAGAUGAUAAAAAAUAUAUAUAUUAUGAAAAUUCGAAUGAUCUGACAGUACUGAUCGGUUAUAAACUCUAUUUUUUUUUGUGUGUACAUAGUAGAUUAAUUUCGAUGAUUAUUUUUACAUAACUCUUAAGUGAGAUAUACAAUACUGUCAUCAAAGGGUGCCUUCUGGAGAAAACAUCACUUCUGGAUUUUUUGGUUGAUUCGAAAGAACGAAAGAUCAAUGGAAUUACGUACAAGUACGAUUUAUUGGGUUGGAGAGACCAUGAAGUGCUAAUUUCUCAAAUUUUCUGUCAUUUUAUUGGUAUGGAGUUAUUUUUACAAUCAUGUAUUUUGUUGCACGGUGCAAUUUUUGGUAAUUGGAAAUGUAUACAUAUAUCUGGAAAAUUUUAAAGUUUAUUAUGAAUGAAUUGAAUAAGCUUUCUAUUAUAUUUACACUGUAUGAUUGAUUUAAUAGUUUGUGAUAAUAAAUAUUUCAAUUUCAA